AUGCGCGUCUUCCAGGGCUUCAGUCUCUUCGGGGUCCCCUGGGUGCAGUGGUUGGCCACGAUGGGCCCGAGCAUGGGACCUCAGCUCGCCCACGACCCGGUGCCGACUCGCCCGAACCCCUUUCCGACCAGGCUUUUAAUCCGGCCGAGGUGGCUUCGUUUGACAGGCAAGCCGUUCUCGAUGGCCUCGAGCCCGUUCCCACCAAGGGAUUCCGAGACUGUAGACCAUCCUCUUGUGAAGAAGGAUAAUGAGCUCGCCUGUCCUACGUAUACCGUCAAUUGCAACCCCCUCCACGACCACUGCUGCCCCCUGACCACAACCUGCUGCAACAACGGCUGCUGCCCCCGCGGCCACUCCAUCUGCGAAAAGGGCGGCUUCUGCCCAAAGGGCCACCAAUGCGUCCAAGGCAGCCACUGCUGCCCCCGGGGCACGACCUACUGCGGAGGCGCCUGCGUCACGGGCGCCUGCUGCAGCGCCGACUUCUUCUGCCGCGGGCCCGGCGAGACGUGCUGCGGCGGACCGGCCCACUACGUCCCCGAGCCGAACUGGCGCUACGGCCCCUGGCGCACGGAGUACGGCGUCUGUUUCGGACGCGAUCAGGUCAACUCGCCUCUCGUCAGGACGGGCGGGUGGCGCUGCUGCAGUGGGAGCCAGGUCUGCGGGGAGGGGAACGAGUGUCGUUGGAGCCCCAGGAGGUUUUUUGCGUCCGCGUUGGGAGACGGCGCCCUUUGA